GCGCUUUUACCAUGUUCUUUGCACCUUCAACGAGCAGCGCCGACCUGCUUGCGCUCGAGAACGACCGCCUCCGCCUCCAGCUGCAAAAGGAGCAAGCGACGAUCCGGUCGCUCCAGACGCAGCUGCAGUCCCUGCAAGCCACGGCCGCCGAGGCCACGUCCAACCGCCUCGCCCUUGAACGCGAGUACGCGACGCUCAAGUCGUUCAUCACAAGCGCCUUCAACCUCCCCAAGCAAUUGCCGCGCCUCUUAGUCACGAGCGUCGUCCCGAGUGCCAAGCCGGCGUCGCCGCCACGACACCGCACCUCGCGCGCCUCGUUCCUUGGGCCGCUCCUGGAAGAAACCGGCGACAGUGACAGCGACAUGGACGAGCCAAGCGUCGUCGCUCCCAAGGCGUCGACCAAGGACGCGGCCACGGUUUUGGCGCAAAGCGCUGCCAACCUCAUGACGUUGCGCCGGUCGUCGUCCGAGCGUGUGCUCCGUGACAACUGGUGCGAAGAGCCCAUUGUGGCGCCGGCGCCGCUCUCGCGGGAUGCAUGGAACAAGCUGCUGCUCGACUGGGCCCAAGGCGACACGCGCAAGCACGCGUACCUCUCCGACUGGCUUUCUUACCACUUGAACGGCCAGCGCCAUGCCUCGCCGUACGCCAACCCGCGUGUCGAGCUCAAGUCGCUCACACCCGCGCAGCUCGACGGCUUCAAGCGGCUCGUGCUCCCUGCUCUACGCGCCGCGCGCCCGGACCUCGACGUGCGUGGCUACAGCAAAGACUACAUUGGUCAUAGUCUGCGCAUCGUGCUGGACGGACCUAGUACGUCCCCGAUGCGGUCGUCGCUCGCGUCGAUUGCCGAGCGCUAACGUGUCUAUUUUGCUAACUUAUCCAUUUCUGCCGCUACUAUAUUAUGUAAAUUCAACCAUGUUUCAUGUCCACGAG